CUCUGCGUCUCAGGCUCUCAGAGUCUGCUGCAAUCGUCGUUUCUUCUUCAUUUCUUUUAGCGUUUUUUAAAGGCUCUUCCUCUCGCGAAAUCCGGAGCUUCCAAAAAAAACAAUAAAACAGAGGGAAACUUCUUUCCUUUUCUGCUCAUUCGAAAUCCCAAAAACAAACGUCUCGCUUUGGUACUUUUGUCUUGUUUGAUUCGGCCUCCCGGAGUUGGAUUGCUCUGUUUCUUUGGAUGCUUGUGGAAGCCCGAGAGAGUCGAAAGUGGUUUUGAUUGCCCGCUACGCGUGUGAUCUCGAGGUGGUUUUCUUUUCGGUGAUCGUACUGGGGACUUUGGAGUUGCUUUUUGCUUCUUUCGUUCGAGGAGGAGGCGAAGAAGAAGAGCUCUCCAGUGUGCUGCCCGAGCUUCCCGAAUUUGGAUCCACUGAAGAGAAGAGCAUUGAAGGAAGCGAGCGAGCGAGAGAGAGGGAGGGAGAGAGGAAAAGAGGGAAAAGAAGAAAGACGAAGAAGAAGGAAGAAAGGAAAAAAGAAGCGAGCGACCGCGAAAAGGACAGGAACAGCUGCCGUUAGCUUCGGAGCUCAUUCAUUGUAAGAAAGCGAGCGAAGAUGUUCACGUGCAUAGCCUGCACGAAGCAGAUGGCCGACGACGGCGACGAGGGCGGAGGGUCGGCGGCGCGUGGUAGCAGCACCCCGAAUUCUAAAGAAGCCGUCAAAAGCCUGACCACGCAGAUUAAGGAUAUGGCGUUGAAGUUCUCUGGCGCUUAUCGCCAGUGCAAGCCGUGCACGGGCUCGCCCAGCUACAAGAAGGGCGAUCGGCCGUUUCCAGACUUCGAUACGAUGUCGGAGGGCGUCCCGUAUCCAUUCAUGGGAGGCGGGAGCUCCAGCUCGACGCCGGCUUGGGAUUUCACGGCUCCCGGCCGCCACAACACCUCGAGGAUGGAGUCGAGGUUUGCUGGGGGGUACGGUGGCGGAGACCGCACCCCAGGAAAAGCAUCCAUCUCGGCUCAGUCCUGCGACGUGGUGCUGGAGGAGGACGAGUCCAAGGAAUGGAUGGCGCAGGUCGAGCCCGGCGUGCACAUAACGUUCGAGUCUUUGCCUAGUGGCGGGAAUGAACUAAAGCGAAUCCGCUUCAGCCGCGACAUGUUUGACAAGUGGCAAGCGCAGCGAUGGUGGGCGGAGAACUACGACCGGAUCAUGGAGCUGUACAACGUCCAGAGAUUCAACCGUCAAGCUCUUAACACUCCGGCGCGAUCCGAGGACGAUUUUCACAGAGAUUCAUCAUACUCGAGGAUGGGAUCUGCGAGGGAAAGCCCGAUGGUUCCGUCCGCAACCCGAGAGUGGAUGCCGAGGAGUCACCAGAAGCCCGGCGGCAGUAAAGGAUACUUCCCCGAGCCAUCUGAUCUAGGUGGUCGCCACUACGGCGCCGGGUCCAGCACUCACGGAGCUGGCAUGAUGGAGCCGGCUCGCACCACGACCUCAUCCAGGGACGAGGCAUCGGUUUCUUACAGCAAUGCCAGUGAAGUGGAGACCGAGUGGAUUGAGGAAGAUGAGCCCGGCGUGUACAUUACCAUUAGGCAGCUUGUCGACGGAACUAGGGAACUGCGGCGAGUGCGAUUCAGCCGUGAACAGUUCGGGGAAGUUCGCGCGAAGACAUGGUGGGAAGAGAACAGAGAAAGAAUACAAGCUCAAUACCUAUGAAAUCCAGUAAUUUUUUAUCCUCCUUCAACACAGUUCUACAGUUAGUUGCAGUCGAAGAUGAGAUACAGGCGGAGCGGGUCGGAAGUAGUCUCACAGAAAUUUCAAAUUCUUUCAUUCGGUAUAUUUUCUUGGGAGUUAUGAUUAUGAUUCUAUCUUUUUCAAUCGAUCGAGUAUUCAAUGUCGAGAACGGAAUUUACCAUAACCUUUCUAGCUGGUCGAAAGGAACGGCAGUUGUAGAGUCGGACCGCCAUUUUCUCUUUUGGCGAUGGUCGAAAUUUUGUUCUGGGGCAGGGGCGGGUUUUCGGCGGAUGAAAUGUAAACUCGGGAUGCUACAGAAUUCAGUGAAA